AUGGAGAAGAAGCAACAAGUAGAGUGGGCUGAAGCUCAGAAGAUUGUGCUAAGCAUAGACCUGGUGGCUGAAGCCAAGCAACAGCUGCAAUUUCUAGCAGUUGUUGAUCGUAAUCGAAAACUCCAUGAAGGCCCUGCUUUGUUCAAGGCCAUUUACAGGUACAAAUAUUGUUGGCUUCCCUUGCUUGCCAAACGUAUUGAAUCUGAGGUUACAGAAGCUCCACUGGUUGUGCCUCUUGAUUGUGAAUGGAUUUGGCAUUGUCACAGGCUCAAUCCGGUGUGUUAUGUAGCUGAUUGUGAAACUCUCUACGGGAGAAUCCUUGACAACCAGAAUGUUGUAUCCUCCAUUUGGGGAACUUGCAGAAAGCAAACUGAACAAAUCUGGAACAAGUUAUAUCCCCAUGAGCCAUAUGAAGUUCAAAACAACAGCAUCUUCUCAGAUGACACUUCCCUGGAUAUUCACAAAGUUUCAGAAAGCACCAAGUAUGAUCUAGUUUCUGCUGUCAAAAGACAAAUUUCUUUGUUCCAUCAGGUAUCCGGAGCUUAUGUGAAAAACGACAUUUUUCUCAAGGAAGCUGUAGCCAGAUACAAAGGGUUUCUGCAUUUGAUCAAGAGAAACAGGCAGUUGUCAGUUAAGCGCUUCUGUGUUCCGACUUAUGACAUUGACCUCAUCUGGCAUUCUCACCAACUGUAUCCUGCUGCCUACUGCAAAGAUCUUAAGACAAUAUUAGGCAAGGUCUUACAGCAUGAUGACACAGAUUCUGACCGAACCAAGGGUAACAAGCUAGAUGUUGCGUUUUCUGGGACCACCAAACAAUGGGAAGAAACAUUUGGUUCAAGGUACUGGAGAGCUGGAGCAAUGUACCGAGGCAGCACUCCAUCUCCCCUCACCAUCAAUCUCAGCCAACUAGAAAUACCAAAAAACAAAGGAGUUGUACCUGACUCAUACAGGAAUGUUAUUCAGCUUCCAAAGAGAAUGCUUGUAGAGGUUAUGCUGGAAAUAGUUGCGGUGAGAAACUUUCCAACCGAGCAUAAAGGUAGCCUCUUUGUCUCUAUUAGCAAGAAACAGCCAGACCUGUUCUUCAGUACCAGGAGAAGGAUAGACUUUUCUUCUGACUCUACAGAGAUUGCUGUCUUUCAAUGCCAACCUACCGGAGAGCUUCUGUUCGAGCUUAUGUCAUGUUCCUCUUCAGUACUUCCCACAUCAAAGUCUCCUAUACUACUGGGAACAUCUGCAAUUACUCUAGACGACCUCUUCAAGUCACUUUCUAAACUGCAAGCGGAGAAGUGGUUAGAGUUCAUGCCAAAUACCAGUGUCCUGGGUUCAAAUCGCAUCAGCCUGCGCAUUGCUUUCUCUUGGACCACUCCAAUUCCAUCACCAUACAGACUGCACAUGGUUCUAACACAUUCGUCGAAGUCUUGUUUCUUUUCACUCUCUGGAAGGUUUCAAAAUGCUAAACACUGGGCAUGCGUGAUGCAUGAGGCUGAAAGUGAACUCAUGAGCAUUCAAAUGAGGGAGUUGAUAGUUGAAACAAGUGACAAUUGUCUUCCCAAAAAGGAAGUGAUAGGGACAACUCCACAAGGUGAAUCCCAUAUGCUGGCUGAAUUUGUUGGAACUGGAUGGUCUUUGAUGAAUGGUGACUGGUUCUUUCGUUUGCCAAAUAAGCUCGAUGAAGAAGACCACAUCUUCGAAAUUGUAGGUAACCGAAAGGUAAUCAUCCUUCCUGGAAGAAAACUUGAGUAUGAAACCAGAAGCCGCUCCAAGCAGGAAACUGAACAGAACUUCUUGACAGCUAUCGAAAUCUCCCCGGAGUAUCCCUAUGGAAAAGCUGUGGCUUUGGUCAAUGUGAAAUCGGGAUUCCUAGAGAUCAAGGAAGAGUGGCUAUUAUUGCCUUGGAUCACAUCAGCUUUCAUACUUUCGGAUGUUUCAUCGUCAGGUGAGGGCUAUGAUCGUUUCACUGCUACCAGUGGAGAGAAGCAAUCAGAAUUUGUGGCGACUUAUCCAGCAGAAGAUGUCGACAUUAAGCACAAUGAAAAAGGAAAAAGAGCCAACUUGUUCCCUGCCUCGGAAAGAACGAGAGUUCAGGGGGAUGAUGAGUGUUCAAACGAAUGGGAAACCGUGCAUGCCUCCUGUGUCGACCCAUAUGUAGACGGCUUUAGCCAGUGCUGUGCCUCCUGUGUCGACCCUUAUGAAGUUGGCUUUAGCCAGUGCUGUGCCUCCUGUGUCGACAGUUAUGCUAAAAGUAAAAGGUAGCCAUUGCGGAGUAAGAUGUGGCAGUGGUGGCAAUUGCCGGGGUGGUCAGCGUGCGGAAGGCGUGGUUCUGGUUGCAGUA